CAAAAAUAUUAAUCGAUGUUAAAUUCCAACAAAAUAAUUUCCGUGAUUAGCCGCUGCCCUCCCCGAGUGACUACUGGCAGACACACAUGUCGGAUCAGGAACAUCCAAAAGCAAAGUCGCAGUUUUGUAGACGCCACCUUUAGCAUCAGCAGAAACACACAAACGGUACGCGAAAAAGGACCCGCGAGAUUUGGAUCAGUUUGUUACGACAGUGUUUCAGUCUACAAAUUUCAAUUCCCCGAUAUAUCAAAAACCACCCUUCAGUUCCUUCUGAUCACACACACACAAGGACGAGGCACGGGAGGAGAAGCAGCCAUGGUCGAAAUUGAAACUCCAAGAAAACAUGUCCUCCUAUUGGCAUAUCAGAGUUUUGGCAUAGUGUUUGGUGACUUGAGUACUUCUCCUCUUUAUGUUUAUAAAAGUAUAUUUUCUGGGAGGUUGCGCCAUUAUCAAACUGAGGACACGAUUUUUGGAGCCUUUUCCUUGAUUUUUUGGACUUUAACGUUUUUUUCUUUGUUUAAGUAUGUUGUUUUCAUGUUGAGUGUGGAUGAUAACGGGGAAGGAGGAAUUUUUGCGCUGUAUUCACUUCUUUGCAGGCAUGCGAAAUUUUGUUUGCUUCCUAAUCAACAAGCAGCAGAUGAGGAACUUUCUACAUAUCAUGGUGAAGGUCGUUCAAAUAGAAGUGCUCCUCCCUCUGCAUUCAAGAAGUUUGUUGAGAGACGCAAGAAAGUGAAAACAGCUCUGCUUCUUGUAGUCUUGUUUUGUGCUAGCAUGGUUAUUACCAUGGGUGUACUCACACCUGCAAUUUCUAUCCUUUCAUCCGUUGAGGGGCUGCAAGUUCAAGCCAAGAAUUUGCAUCGUGGAAUGGUGGUUCUCAUUGCCUGCAUUGUACUGAUUGGCCUUUUUGUUUUGCAAUAUCGUGGCACUCACAGGGUUGCAUUCAUGUUUGCUCCCAUUGUGAUUAUGUGGUUACUGUUUAUUGCCAUCAUUGGUGCCUACAAUAUUGUUCACUGGAACACAAGAGUACGCCAGGCUUUUUCUCCAUACUAUAUCUACAAGUUCUUUAGGGACACUGGAAAAGAUGGUUGGAUUUCUCUUGGAGGGAUACUUUUAUGUAUUACCGGAACUGAGGUUAUAUAUGCAGAACUAGGCCAGUUCACUGCUUCAUCAGUAAGGGUUGCAUUUUCUUUUGUUGUAUAUCCAUGUCUAGUGCUGCAAUACAUGGGGCAAGCUGCAUUUAUUUCAAAAAAUUUUUCUACAGUAUCCAUGAGUUUCUAUUCUUCAAUUCCAGAUUCACUAUUUUGGCCAGUACUGGUGAUGGCAAUUUUAGCUACAAUUGUUGCCAGCCAAGCUGUAGUAUGUGCCACAUUUUCAAUCGUCAAACAAUGCCAUGCAUAUGGAUGUUUCCCUCGCAUCAAGAUUGUACACAAACCAAAAUGGGUUGAUCGUCAAAUGUACAUCCCAGAAAUAAAUUGGAUACUUAUGGUUCUCUGUCUGGCUGUCACAAUUGGCUCUCAUGACACUAACAGUAUAGGAAAUGCUUACGGGAUUGCAUUCAUGACUAUGAUAUUUGUGACCACGUGUUUGAUGUCAUUGGUCGUCAACUUUAUAUGGCAUAAGAGUGUCGGUUUUUCCCUUUUAUGCUUCUUGUUCUUUGGAAUAAUAGAGCUUAUUUUCCUCUCAUCUUCUUUUAUGAGAAUUCCCAAGGGUGGAUGGGUUCCUCUUGUGCUCUCUGCAGUCUCCACGUUCAUUAUGUUUGUUUGGCAUUAUGGUAGCAGGAAGAAGUAUUUAUAUGAUGUACAUAACAAAGUACCCAUGAAAUGGAUCCUCACUCUGGGUUCUGAUCUUGGCAUUGUAAGGGUUCCUGGGAUUGGUCUUAUCUACACUGAGUUAGCUAGUGGCAUCCCAGCCACAUUUUCCCAUUUCUUAACCAACUUACCGGCAUUUUACAAGGUGGUUGUAUUUGUCUGUGUUAAGAUUGUUCCUGUUCCUUAUGUCCCCCAAAAUGAAAGGUAUCUUAUUGGUCGGAUUGGCCCCAAAUCUUAUCAUUUGUAUCGCUGCAUCAUUCGAAAUGGAUAUAAUGAUGUCCAGGAAAAAGAAAGUGAAUAUGAUGUUGAGAAUGCACUUGUGAUGAGCAUAGCAGAGUUUAUCCAACUGGAAGCUGAAGGUUGUGGGAGUGUUGAUGGUUCUGUGGAUGGUCGGAUGGCAGUUGUGAGGACAUCUGAAAAGUUUGGGAAAAGAUUCAUAAUUUCAGAAUCUGAUGGUUAUGGAGAAAGCAGCAGUUCAAGGUCCCCAACUACUGUAGGUUGCAGCAGCAGGUCAGCUGCACUGCAGAAAUUAAAAUCUAUGUACGAGGAGCAGGAGACACCCCAGCUAAAACAUAGGCGGCGUAUCCAGUUAAAGCUUUCAGAUGCAAAAUGUAAGGAUUUACAAGCUAAAGACGAGCUGUUGGAGCUUCUGGAAGCUAAGGAUGCUGGGGUAGCAUAUGUAAUAGGUCACUCACAUAUUAAGGCGAAAUGGAGUGCAGCGUUCUUAAAGAGGCUUUUGAUCAAUAUCUUCUACUCUUUCUUGCGUAAAAACUGCCGGUCCCCUUCUGUCUCCUUGGAUAUUCCUCAUAUUUCUUUAAUUGAGGUGGGCAUGAACUACUAUUUAUAGGGCAAUCUUCUGUGGAUAAAUCUUGGAGUGUGAUUUCUAGCUGCAGAAAUUGCAUUUUCUUCUUUUUUCUGUGAGGGUUGUAGGCCAUUUCUCACAAUAGUGAUUCUGGACUUGGAUUUGGUUGGUUGCAUCAGUGGAGCAGACAAGUUGCACCUUCUUCCUAAAUAAUAGAUAAUAAAAGUCUCAUGAACACAAAUAAAGUUGCAUCUGAUGAAUAGCAAAGUUUGUUUUUCGUAGAUCAGCGGAAGGAUUUGUACUGAUUACACUUGCCAACUUUGUCUAUCUUGCUAUUCAAGUGGGUUUUUGCAAGAGUCUUCCAAUUCUGAAGCCAUGCCAUUUUUUGUUAAUAUAUAUCAUUUUUCCUGUGCUGUUGUAAUUCUAUCUCGUAUAUGUAUCGAAAUUAAUUUUUGCUUGUCCCUCUUCUGGAGGCAAGAAUUUAUCUGCACAAUGAAAUCAUUGCAGGAACCCGAAUUGUUUGGACAAGAA